CUCGGUUCGUACACAGAAUCGUCGAGCUCUACGAAGCGAAGGAGGUAAAUCCGACGGAACGCAAACGACCCCGAAGUUCUAAGCCGAGUCGUAGUUAUUGCUGGCCAAUAACUCGACCUAUACCUAUACUGUUGAUCAGUUUAAACGACACAAAACUACUUCAAGUUAUUUAACCCAGCCGUUUGGAGAAACAUAUUUGUAAUUUAUCAUGAUGAUUACCAUGACUGAAGCUUUGGAUAGCCUUGCUCAAGUUGCUACGGACCAACUUUUUGGUUUUGACACCGCCAGUCUUCUUACACCUCAGCUUGCUCGCCAAGUUCCUCAACUUAGCGCCGAGGAAUUUUCAUUUGUUCAUGCCGGCAUGGAUGAACCGACGAAUAUUUUUGGUGAGCCGGUUGAUUUCCACGACACUUCUGUUCCAGGAGAUCUUGACCUGGAUUACACUGUGCCGGACGUAAAGCAGGAGGGUGCAAACCAGUCUGCCAAAGCUUGCCAACAACGCUUGGCCCAUUUUAAAGUCCCAAGUCUACAUGAUGUGAUUUCGGGACCGACUGGAUCGACUCCACCACCGAGCGGACACGCUUCUCCUUACAGUUCGCCAGCCCACAAUUUGUGGAUUCCUGACCGCACAGUUCUUACUCCCCUGAUCAGUCAGGCUGGAACUACACCUUGGAGCACAUUCUUCUCGGACACAAAGCUUCCAAUGUCCCAGGAAGUAAAUUCGGCACCAAACAAGGUACAAACUCCUACUCCACAAGAUCUUCCACAAGAGCAGGUGGCAGUCUCAGCCGCAAACAACCCACAGACCAACUUUUACCAGCGACCUAUUCAACAGCCGGUGAACUCUAAUUCACCGAUGUUUAUGCAAGCUACAGCCACACUGAACAUGAAAUGGCCAAUACUUAGUGGUCCUUCUCCAUUUCCUACUACAAUGUCUCCUGAUCACUCUGCAAUGAUGGACAAACUCCUUCUGCACACCACAACUCCUUCUGACUUUCUUACAACGCCUCCAAAACCUGUCCAGAGAGGUCGCCCUGCCAAGGCUGGGUCUGCUAUACUGAAAGCAAAGCGUAACAACCCUGCUGAUGGGCGCUCACGAACACCACCAAGUGAGCGGCCUUAUGCAUGCCCAGUUGAAACAUGCCCACGGAGGUUCUCAAGGUCUGAUGAACUGACACGCCACAUGCGAACCCACACUGGACAGAAACCAUUCCAGUGUAGGAUCUGCAUGAGGAACUUUUCUCGCUCAGACCAUCUGACAACUCACAUCCGUACUCACACUGGUGAGAAACCUUUUGCCUGUGACACAUGUGGUCGACGAUUUGCACGAUCUGAUGAACGCCGUCGCCACAUGAAGAUCCAUUUGAGAGAACAAGCUAAAAAAGAAGAGGAAGCCAGAAAAGCCAUGGCUCAAAGUAAUGGAACUGUUUCACCAAUCCAGAGCCGGUCUCCCCAAUCAACACCAUCACCACUUCAGGUCCCAGUUACCUCAGUGAACUCUUUUUAAAGUAUUUGCCACAAACAUUUGACAGUGCAGGCAUUGAUCAAACAUUACAGUUUUAAACACAUUGCGGUUUUGAAGAACUCUUAUUAUGAUAAAUACCUUGUGUUUUGAAGAACAUUUGUGUAUAUUAUUUUAAGGAAGAAUUUUGAAGGAAGGCUGGUCCUUUGUACAGAUUUUCAUUAUGCAGAUUUUGCAAGGUACUGUAAGUGCCAUAAUAAUGCUUAAUGUAAGGUAUUUUUUCAGUGAUGGAGUUUUGUGUUAGCAUACAGCUGGUCUCUGUAUUCCUUGGAGCUAACAUAAUCUUCAUAAAAACAGUGAUCUGUUUCAAUAAUUGGUGUUAUUGUUUAUCAAGACAGAGUGCCCUAUGGCACUCUCCACAUGCAAAUCUAGUUGUAUUUAUAAGUUGAGAAAAUUCAAAAUUAGGCUGGUCCUAAUGUACAUAGUUUUAUGUGCAGAUCAUUCUAGACACUUGGUGUCCUACUGGGCCUAUUUUUCAUACAAAUAUGAGAUAGAAACAAAAAAUACAGCUGGUUUCUGUAUACAAUUUAACGUAAGAUAUUUUGUGUAAAGAUGUUAAGUAUUGUCAAAUUGUUCUCCUUGGUACAGUAGAUAAAAUUAUAUAUAAUUUUUUUCAUAACUAGAAAUCAAAUUUACAAAAAUUCAUAGCUUUUUUUGAUAUUCAUGAGUACUCACUUACGGGUUUAACCCAGUUGUAUAAACAUUUAUAGAUGUUGACUGUUUAUCAAGGAGAAUGAUUUUUUUCAAAAUGUCAGAGAUUAUAACAAACAAAGUAAAAGUCAAGCUGGUCAUUGACUCGAUAAACACAGUGCUGGUCACUUAAGGAUGAUAACAAUAAAAGUUGAAAAUAUUUGAAGGAA